CCAAUGAAUUGAAUCAUAUAGCCGAACCGACUCGCUGAAUGAAUCGGAGAUUCCAACGCUAUUCCUAUCUGCAGCCUGCAACCUCGGGAGCGCGCAGAGGAGGCAGUGUAGCGCACGCGCAGUCUGGCGAUGGGGAUUUCCAGCGGAACAUGAAGCUUUGGACAUGGUGUUUUUUAACGUAUUCUCCUCUCUGCAAGCCCUGACCUUCAUCCUACUGCAGAGGGAAAACCUGACCGUUAGGGCUUAAAAAGGUGAGGAGUUUCCAUUCAGCCCCCAGUUCAACCACCUUCUCAUGUCAUGUUGCUUCCUUUGAGGUGUUUUGGUUCAUGAGGCACCCAGAGAUGCCUAUAACCGCAGGAAAGAGCCCUGGGCAAGGUGUACGCCCAAAUUAAACCGCACACCUCUUCACUUUCAUUAUUCCAUAUCACUCCUUUGGAGGAUGAUCGCAACUUGCUGAUUUUCCCCACUGUACUGCACCGUUGUCCCAGGUCUUUCCCAGGUGUCCAGUGGGAGAGAGACCUUGAGAUGGCAAGGUGUCCCAUUUAAAGAAACUCCUGGAUUGUGGGAUAAGCGGGUGCCAGCUACGCAACCCACUGCCACCAAUGGAUGCCAAGUUGCGAGAAGAUCUGUUCCGCAGGUAUGUGGCAUCUCUGGAGAACCGGCUCGAGGAGGGAACUGGUGAAGGAGGAGAUAAGCCAGGGGCUAAGACUGAGGAAGCACUGAUUUCCACUGCAACGGCACUGCUAGGCUCAUACCAGCCUGACCCCGGGCAGCGCUUUCGCAUGGUUCGGUUCUACGACGUAGCGGAGAACUCACUGAGAACUCAGAGAGGCGCAAGCUUGCGGACAUUGGAGACAGCCUUUGCGACGCUGGAAACCAUCUGUACCAACUUGUUGCUCUUUCCGUGGAAGAAGGAGUUCCGUUGCAUUAAGACCUUCACAGGGCCAUACGUGUACCAGUUGCAGUCGGUGAUAUGCGACGCGGACCUGCGUUCACUUCUGCGCUCCAUGGGCUAUACAAGAGACCAAGAAUCGCAGUACCACGUCCGGGACCAUCCGGGCGGAGCCUCCCACCUUCGGCAGCUUUCCUUUGAGCUGCUUCUCGCACAGGCUGAAUGCCGGUUACUCAGCGAGGUGGUGUCCAUGUCCCGGGGCUUCGCCUCGGAGCUGGAGGCCGUGGAUGUGAGGAGGAACACCAGAGAAGAUGCAGCAGGGUGUGCUGACGCCCUCCGCCGACGGGACAGCCUCACCGGAGACUUGUCCCGCCUGUCGGUGCGGCCCUUGGAUAUCGACCGUGCCCAUCUUAGGCGAAGCGGUCGACCCUCCAAAUCAGUGGAUGUAACGGACAGCGCUGGACACUGGCACCAAGCCAGCAAGCCCGUGUUAAAGGCUUCGCUCAGCCUCCGCAAAGAGCCGUUAUUCGUCGACACGGAGGAAGACAUGAAGGAUGAAAUCCUUCGACCGAGUCCCUCGCUUUACCCCGUGGCGGCUCCGCCCUCGUACAGCCCAGUGGCGGACUUCUUUCCCAUCCAAUCGCCCCCGUCCGAGCCAUACUCCUACCACUUGUCCUCCCUCGAUGAGGUGGACUUGUACACUGAGCGAGGUUUGGGUGGCCUCCAGACCCCCUCCAGACCGCCGAGCCGGGAGCUGCGAGAAGCCCGGGACAGUUGGGUUCUGAAGGGGCACAUGAUGAAGUGCCAGGGCUGUGGGAUGGGCUGCCCUUCGCUCUCCUCCUGCCAGCGGUGCGACAUGAUCUUGUGUUCGUCCUGCCACGCGGUGGAACCGACGCCUUGUUGCGGCUUCCAGGAUUACACUAAAACUUCCCGCCCUCUGGACGGAUACAUGCCCAUCAAGGAGAAGUUGUCCGUCUACUCCAACGCCCACUCCCACACUCACCCUCACCCACUCCCCCACGCUC